ACUACGAAUUGCGCAUGCAUGCGUAUUUCUUCUUUCGCCCCUCCAGCCGUUGUACCAACACUCACAUGAAAUUUGUUAACUUCACUCGCAUUGGCACACAGAUUUUUUUAAAAGGUAGCGGCCAUGGCGACCGUGCAGAUCUUUCGACAGACUGGUAAGCAGCUUCUGGGUGCAGCUCGCUGUGCAGUUGCUACCAGUCCUUCGAUUCGGAACAAGUACUACAUUGUUACUCCACCAGAGGAGUCGAUGGAAUGGAACGAUGUUACGGAUCGCGCAGUGAACAAUAUGUUCCUCUUAGAAAUCUUUCGAGGAAUGGGAAUCACUUUUUCUUAUUUGCUAAGAGAACCAGCUACUAUAAAUUAUCCUUUUGAAAAGGGACCUUUAAGCCCUAGGUUCAGAGGAGAGCACGCGUUAAGAAGGUACCCAUCAGGCGAAGAAAGAUGUAUCGCAUGUAAACUAUGUGAGGCUAUUUGUCCAGCUCAGGCAAUUACAAUUGAGGCAGAGGAAAGGCCAGACGGUUCUAGACGCACAACUCGUUAUGACAUAGAUAUGACCAAGUGCAUUUAUUGCGGGUUCUGCCAGGAAGCUUGUCCUGUUGAUGCCAUCGUGGAGGGACCUAACUUCGAGUUCUCCACUGAAACUCAUGAAGAAAUGUUAUAUAAUAAAGAGAAGCUACUCAACAAUGGAGAUAAAUGGGAAUCUGAAAUAGCUGCAAAUAUUCAAGCAGAUCACCUUUAUCGCUGAACCAAGUUCAACUACUUAGUCAUCUUGUAAAAUCCAAAUAAACGUAAAAUCUAGUAAAAUAAUACAAGCUGUUGUUGAAUGUAAAUACUACUUACUUAUUUUAACUUGCAAUACAGUAGGCAAUGGCUACUCUUGUAAUUAGGGAGUCACCAAAUGCUCCUUGCCCCAAACUCUGUGAAGCAGUACGUCGAUGAUAACUUGAAAAAUAAAAGUUUUAGACAGAU